UCUGACGACGCUUCCCAAUGGCUGCCUGGGCGCCGCCGCUUUCCGCUGGCCACAGGGCCCGAGCUUCCGGCUCUCGAAAGACCGCAGAUAUAGGAACUAAACAGACAAGUGCCUUGAAACAAGAAGAUGCUUCUAAAAGGAAAGCAGAACUAGAAGCAGCUGUGAGAAGGAAGAUUGAAUUUGAACGAAAAGCUCUCCAUAUUGUUGAACAGCUUUUGGAGGAGAAUAUUACAGAAGAAUUCCUAAUGGAGUGUGGGAAGUUCAUCACAUCUGCUCACUACAAGGAUGUCGUGGAUGAGCGUUCCAUUAUCAAACUCUGUGGUUAUCCUUUAUGUCAGAACAAGCUGGGAAUUGUACCAAAACAAAAAUAUAAAAUUUCUACCAAAACCAAUAAAGUAUAUGAUAUUACUGAAAGAAAGUCUUUUUGCAGCAAUUUUUGCUAUAAAGCAUCUAAGUUUUUUGAAGCACAAAUUCCCAGAACUCCUGUAUGGGUUCGAGAAGAAGAAAGGCAUCCUGAUUUUCAGCUGCUAAAGGAAGGACAAAGGGGCCAUUCUGGAGAAGAAGUACAGCUAUGUACUAAGGCCAUUAAAACAUCCGAUAUUGACAAUCCUGGCCAUUCUGGAGAGCAAUAUGAAUCUAGUUCUUCUAGCGCUCAUAGUGAUAGUAGCAGUGAUAAUGAGCAAGAUUUUGUUUCCUCCAUUCUACCAGGAAACAGACCAAAUGCAACGGAAAUAAGGGCACAGCUGCACAACAAAAGCAUAAUGAAAAAGAAAUCUGGUCAAAAAGCUAAGUCUAAACACAAACUCAGAGAACAGACAGUAGUCGAUGUCACUGAGCAGUUAAGCAACUGCAGAUUAGGUAGUCAGGAGAAAGCUGCUGCUUGUGCACUUCCUUUACAAAAUGUAAAUACUCAGAUUUCUUCAAAUAGUUCUUUGCAAGAAAAAUUAAAAGCUUCAGAAAAUUCUGAAAAUAAAUAUGAUAGUUCAAAAAUAACUCUAGUAGGCAUAAGUAAGAAAAGUGCAGAACAUUUUAAGAGGAAAUUUGCUAGAUCACACCAGUUUUCUCAGCUAGCCUCUGGUUCAGUGCAGGUGUGUCCUGAAGUUGCAAAGACAAACUUACUUAAAGUCCUGAAGGAGACUUUGAUUGAAUGGAAGACAGAAGAAACUUUGAGGUUUUUAUAUGGCCAGAAUUAUUCUGUGUGUCUCAAACCCCCUUCACCUCCUCUGGUUGAAGCAGAAGAACUUGAUGAAGAUGACUUAAACUGUGACCCAGAUAGUCAUUCCCCAGGCUCGAGGGAAUCUCAGAACAGCUUGGAUGACUCUUUGCUGUUCAGAGGUUCGGAUACAGCUGUUAAACCAUUGCCAAGUUAUGAGAACCUGAAAAAGGAAACCGAAACAUUAAAUCUAAGGAUCAGGGAGUUUUAUAGAGGGCGAUAUGUUUUUAAUGAAGAAUACACCAAACCACAAGACUCAGAAAAGUGUGAUCCCACCUUUCCACUGAUAGAUUCAAGCUCCCAGAACCAGAUUAGAAAACGCAUCGUACUUGAAAAAUUGAGUAAAGUAUUCCCUGGACUUUUGGGCCCUCUUCAGAUUACAUUAGGAGAUAUUUACACACAGCUUAAAAAUCUUGUCCGAACUUUCAGAUUAACAAAUAGAAAUAUUAUUCACAAACCUGCAGAGUGGACUUUAAUUGCUGUGGUGUUGCUGUCAUUACUUACCCCAAUUCUUGGCAUUCAGAAGAAGUCUCAGGAAAAUGUGGUAUUUACACAGUUCAUAGCCACCUUGCUUGAAGAACUACAUUUAAAGAAUGAAGACCUUGAAAGUUUAACCAUGAUAUUUAGAACCAGCUGUUAACCAGAGUGGAAACUCCCUGCUCUCAGCUUCAUACUCAAGCCAAGGCCAUCACAGAUGUCCCAUCUGAUAAGUUUCUGCCCAGGAAGAAGCAAUUUACUUCUACCCAGUGACUGCAGUGGUCUGUUGGGAACAUCCUCAUCCUACUGCCUCUUCAAGGAAAUCACCACCUACCUAGCCAAUACCUUAGCCUUUUCAUGUGCAUAUAUGCAGGUGAAUUUACAAGUCUGGCUUCAUUGAAUUCCUGACCCUGCUCCCAGAUAUAUAUAGCCAUCUUCUACUGUCCCAAGUCCUUGUCCUUUCAUGACUGCCCAUCAGAAUGUCCCCUCUCUCAUCAUUUCUUAAUCAGGUCUCUACCAUCUCUUCUUUCCCUUACUUCUCACUUGACAUACUUCCAAGUGCUGAGAUAGAUACUGAUUUAAUGUUAUAAUUGAAUGAAUUCAUCCCACAUUACUAAUGAGACCCAUGAAGCAUUUCCAUUUUUAAAGACUUUAACUUUUUUUUAUUUUUACUUUUUAUUUUCUAGAUAAGUUAUAGAUGUACAGAAAAAUCAUGCAGAGUACAAAGUUUCCACAUACCUACCACCCUCACAUGCACAGAAACUAUUUUUUUAAUUAUAAAAGCAAUACAGGUGGUAUUAUCAAGAUGGCAUUAUAUGACAUCCCCAUAAACAUUCCCCCUUAGAUAAAGCUAAAUAAAAGGGCAGAUUGAACUCUCUUGAAGCUCUGCAGGAGGAUCAAGACUGGAAAAUGACUCAACAAACGCUGAAUUGAAAGAAGAAGAAGAAAAAAAAGACACCUAAAAAAUAGAACAGUGGGACAAAUUUACUGGUCCAGAUCCCCCUGCUCAGAUCUGCACAGUUUAUGCAACUAAUAGAGGCAGCUCCCAAGCCCAGGCACCUCCUAUCAGGGUCACAAUAUAAAUCUACCCACAGGUAACAGCUUUGUACCCAUGCACAAACAGGCACCAAGACUAUACAGACCCAUGGCAGCAUUUUAGUGGUCUGGAAGUACACAUUCAAAGCUUCUCCCUGAAAUCAGAGUGACUCAUGGAGGAACUUGUGGCAAGUUGUACACUCUCCCAGUUCUGACCCUAGUUGAUGGUGCACGUAAAUGAAAAUAUUUUAAGUCUGAACAUUGACUGCAUAUGACUCCAUGUAGGACAGACUCAGAGGGUGGGUUGGGAUCCCUCUAAUCUGGAAGUUACUGGAGGCAGAAAAGCUGAGUGGAAAGGGAGAGUGAAGCUACUGAACAGCAGUGCAGACCAAGGGGUGAAAGCUGGAGGGGUGAAAGCUGGAGCACUGGAGUGGAGCCAGCAAACUGCAGCCCUAGGAGGAAGAACUGUAAAAACAAAGAGAGCAGCCCAGGACUCCCAGAAGAGGAACAGGGGAAAGGAAAUUUUCUCCUGGAGGGAAAAUAGUUGCAUAUACUAGGGUAAUCUUGGAAGUUAUUGUGCACACCCAAAGCAAGAUACAAGCUCAGAGAGACCUAAGAAGAACAGAACUGUUUAAUACAGACUGUUCUAAAAGUUCAGUUUUUACUGGGCCAAGUAUUGAAGAGCCUUAACACUCAGCCAGUCUACACUAAGACCUUAGGAGGGAGAAACUGAUUUCCAGAGUUAGCACUUCAAAAUAAAUGCAGCUCUCAGUACCUACCCAUUUGACAGAUAGCCAGAUCUACUCAUGUAGCAACAGCCACAUCCCUGAGAUUUGAUGAUGAAGAU